GUGUGUGUGAGCGGGAGAGAGCAAGAGGGAGUGCGGAAAAGCUUUCAGAACUUCGGCACACACACCACUGUGCGGAAUCAGUUGUAGAAAAAAAGGAAGGAGAGAGAGAGAGAGAGAGAGAGAGAGAGACAGAGGUUGUUGUCUGGAAAAACUGCAUAUUUUUCUUUCAUUUUGCUCCUCCCCUCUUCUCUCCCCUAUUCUCUCUCGUCAUCGCUACCGAGAAGAGAGCAGAGGCUUCAGCUCCCUGGAACUCUCCACUACUCCUGAGCUGCAGGGAGGUCAUGGAUGGACUGCGAUUACCUCCACUCAUAGAGGAAGUGCUGGAAUCUACAGAUGAGCCCUGUGGAGAUCUGAAAGCGGAGAGCAGCCCCAGCCUAAGCCCCAGCAUGGACAAUGAGAUCACAGCCAAGGAGAGAGGACUACUGGAGAACAACGAAAAGGAGACAAUGGACAGAGAUCAGGAGGAGGAGGAGGAGGAGAAGGGGAGGAGGGAGCAGCAGGAGCCCCUGUCUGAGGAGCAGGAGCUGGAGGAGUUGAGGAGCCAGGUGCUGCAGCUCCUUCUGGAGUUAGAGGAGGCCAGGGAGAUGUCCAACAAACACCAGGAGGCCUUCCACGAGCUACAGGGUCUGCUGGAGGAUGAGCGUCUGGCCAGUGCCCAUCAGGCAGAAGCCUUCGCACGACAGGUCCACAACCUGCAAGCCCAGCUGCGUUCAGUACAGGAGGAGAUGGACUCUCUAGAGGAGGAGAAGGAGAGUGAGCUGACUGAGGCUCAUGAGGAGCUACGCCUCGCCCAGGAGGAGGUUCUGCUUCUGCAGCAGGCGGCUGAGGAGGCAGCGGCCGAGAGUGAGAACGACAUUGCGUCCCUGCAGGAGGAGCUGUGUCGCCUCCGGGCCCAGCUGGGGAGGCUCAACGGUGAAGCGCAGGAAUACGAGCUGGAGAUCACCACUCUGAGAGCAGAGAUCAGCAUGAAGAGUCAAAGGAGGGAGGAAGAGAGGAAAGGAGGUGACGUAGGUACAUUGAGGCAGGAGUGUGUCACGUUGAGGGAGGAGUGUGAGACUCUGAAGGACGACAACAGACGCCUGUCUGAGAGACUACAGCUCCUCCAGCUACAGAGGACAGGCUCCAACAGCGUAUACCUGUCCCUGAAGGAGGGUGAGAUAGCUGGUACGGGAGUGGGGGUGGGCACAGAGGAGGGGGGCAUGGCAGAGAGCUAUAUGACCAUGGCUGAGUGCCAGUCUACGAGCCCGGGCACCAACUGCCGCCUGGUGGACGCCUCCAUCCAGAAGAACAUCUCGUUCGAUGGGAAACCCAUGACCCCCACCGGCUGGAAUGGAGGAUUUGGGGAGAUCUUCUCACUGAGGGACCAGCUGAAACAGGCUGAGGAGAAGGCCUUGCUGGUAGAGAGACAGUGUGAUGGGUUGAAGAUGGAGCUGCGGGAGCUGCAGGUACUGUAUGACUGCAGCCAGAGGGAGAGGGCGGAGCUGGAGGAGGAGCUACUGCACUGCAAGGCAGAGCUUGAGAGGUUGGCUGGAGGGGGGCAGGGGAGUGAUAUAGAAUGGAACCCUAUUCUGACAGUCACAGCUGUGCUUCUGAACAUGGCUAGCUUGUUGAGAGCCUUGACCCGAUGUUGAGCAGAAUGACAACAACUGUAUACGGACAAAGACAGUGAUGUCUGCUUAUAGACUACUACCUUCCAUUCCACCCUCCUAUCACAUCUAUCUGGGACCCUACCUGGGCACCAACAACAGAUCAGACACCAUUCCUCUAAUUCAUAGCUUGGAAGCAGUAAAAUAUCUUUAGAUGGCAACUAUUCAGAAAACCAGAGGAUUGUGAAAGGAAUGUUCUGAAAAUGGGAGAUAAAGUGAUGUGCUGCCACAGCUUUUCAGCUGAAAACAGAUGGAUUCAUUUUCUCUCCUGUUCUGGGGGACACAUGGCAAGACUCAAGAGUGUCUUCAUGAAGCUAAGAAGAGAGUGUGAAUACAUAGUUCCAAUGGGAGAGUACCUGUUGCCCCUAAAUCUGUCUACUCCUGUAGUAUCUUAUUCCUUUCCUGUCUCUCUGUUGAUGUGCUUUUAGCUCAACUCCUGGUCUUGACAAUGGGACUGGAUUAUUCCUCCUGAGUUUGAAUGUCUUGUAUUAUUCUUAUACAACUCUCACCUUGUAUCUUUCUACAUUUAUUUAUUAUGUUAAUAUCAAUGUUGAGUUCUCUAUUGAUUUUUCUUUGUGAUUGGUCCUCUUUUAACAAUAGCAACCUCUGCAUCUUGCACAAUUGCUGAAUUAAAACUCUUAAUUCAUGAUAUUGUAAAUAAGUCCUAACAACAUUUUUUCUUCAAAUAUAAUUAUAUCUAUGUGUAAUUAAUUAUUUAAAGCACCUGUCAAACUCAUUCCACGGAGGGCCGAGUGUCUGCAGGUUUUCGCUCCACCCUUGUACUUGAUUGAUUAAUUAAGGUUGCUAAUUAGUAAGCAACUCCCCUCACUUGGUUGUCUAGGUCUUAAUUGAAAGGAAAAACCAAAAAGGAAGCCCCCCAAAAAAACAAAGACACUAAGCACUCUGUGGAAUUAGUUUGGCACCCCUGAUUUAAAGGAAUAUGUCAAAUACUUGAAAUAAUUGCAUGUCUGUGCCAGUGACUUGUGAAUAGCUAAAACCAUGGGUUUUUUCUAAAUUAAAGUGAAAUUAGUCAUGAAGAUCUAGUCUAGAGUGACAGAUACUUUCCCUAAAGGCAAUACCUAAUUUAUAACACAUACACUAUCACAUUUGUUCUCAUCAAUAUACAGUGUUGUGAAAAGGUUUUAGCUCCCUUUCUAAUUUUCUCUACUUUUGCAUAUUUUUUUAUACUGAAUGUUAUCAGAUCUUCAACCAAAACCUAA